AUGGCGAAGGGUCCAGGUCUCUACACUGACAUCGGCAGAAAAGCCAGAGAUCUUCUGUUCAAGGAUUACAACACUGACCAGAAGUUCACUCUCACUACUUAUUCACCCAACGGAGUUGCUAUAACCACCUCAAGUACCAAAAAGGGUGAGGUUUUUCUUGCUGAUCUUAACACACAGUUGAAGCACAAGAAUAUCACUACUGAUGUCAAAGUGGACACAGCUUCUAAUCUCUUCACAACAAUCACUAUUAAUGAGGCAGCUCCUGGGCUCAAGGGUAUUCUUAGCUUCAGGGUUCCUGAACAAAGGUCUGGAAAGGUGGAAGUUCAGUACUUGCAUGACUAUGCAGGAGUUUCCGCCAGUGUUGGUUUGACAGCAAACCCUAUUGUCAACCUCUCUGGUGUUAUUGGAACUGAUGUAAUUGCACUCGGCCAUGAUCUUUCUUAUGACACUAAAACUGGCGAAUUAACUAAGUUUAAUGUUGGUUUGAACUUCACCAAAGACGAUUUGGUGGCUUCAUUGGUUCUGAAUGAAAAAGCUAAUGUCCUGAAUGCUUCAUAUUACCACGUAGUCAACCCUUUUACCAAAUCAGCUGUUGGUGCUGAGGUAGCUCACCGGUUCUCGACCAAAGAGAACACACUCACACUUGGAACUCAGCAUGCAGUAGAUCCAUUGACCACUGUGAAAGCUCGAUUCAACAACUUUGGAAAGGCAAGUGCCCUUAUCCAGCACGAGUGGCGUCCAAGAUCAUUGUUGACCAUUUCUGCUGAGGUGGACACUAAGGCUAUUGAGAAGAGUGCAAAGGUUGGAUUAUCUCUGGCUCUCAAACCUUGA